AUGGAUAUGAUAAAAAAUGAUAAAACGACUGCUGUAGAAGACAGAUUAAGCAGCUUGCCAGAUGACAUCAUUCAUCACAUUCUUGGUUUCCUUGAUCUGAAGUAUGCUGUUCAGACUAGUGCAUUGUCAUGGAAAUGGAAGAAUUUGUGGACUUUCAUGCCCCGACUUAACUUAAGUAGUCACAUGUUUGAUGGUAUGAAGCAGUUUUCCAAAUUUGUGGAACAUGCGUUAUCACACCGUGACAGCUGUGCAGAAGUUUCUGCAGUUGAUCUCACGUUCUCAGCAUCACCCACCCACUUUAUUAUUCAAGACAUUGUAAACUAUGCGUACUCGUGUAAUGUUAGGCAGAUGACUUUGGAAUGGUCAGGUGGUGUAGGCCAUGAGUUGCCAGAGUUUUUUUUCAGCUCUCACACUCUCAAAUAUCUAACCCUUGAUCAAGGUUUCUGUUCUAGUGCCAGAAGUCGCCUACCAAAGAUCGAUUGGGAUUUUCCAGCCUUAGAAACUCUGAAUCUGACAAAUAUUCGAUUAGGUGAUGUUAAUACCAAGAGUCUUGACCUUUUUUCUAAGUGUCUGCACUUAAAGGACCUCACUUUAGAUAACUGUUCUAUGUAUGGUUUGGAGGUUUUCAAUGUUUCUGCUCCACAACUUUCUAAUCUCAUAAUUACAAAAACCACCGCAUUUCCGACGGUUUUCAAUGUGGCGUCUACUCAGCUUGAGAAUCUGACGGCAUCAAUCAUCUCUAAUGGUGGAAUGGCAUCAUGUUUUCGUUUUUUACGGUUAUCUGCAGAAGGCUUUGUGUCUUUAGAGAAAGUGAAUAUCUCCUUGUCAAAUGGAAGCAGGUGCAGAAAAGAGAUUGCUGUUCCUCCCCUACUUGAUUUGUUCCAAGUACUCCGCAAUGCCAAGCUUGUGAUUCUUGAUGUGAACAUCAUUGAGGUAUUCAGAUAUGUCACUUUUGUUGCUAUUCUUUUACUAGUUUUCUAA